AUGUAUCACUACGUCCAGACAUGGCUCAAACAGACCCCAGAUCCCGACCUUCGGGGAAAGCAGGUACAAUAUCUCGUUGAGUUCGUCAACAACAACGGCCCAUCGACCAUCAGCCCUGGGAGUGGUUUCGUGGACAUUCUGGCGGGGAAGGCUCCGCAAGUCUUCAUCCCGACAGAUCCUGAUGGAGCGUCGACAAAGCGCAACAUUUAUCGUCAGCUGAUUGACUCUUCUGGUACAACACUAAACAGGGAGAAGGUUGACAAUGUGAACAAUAAUACUACGCAAGUAUGGGUAGACGGCCAAAAAUUGCUCAAGCGUGGGUUCCUCGGGCAUCCGCAGCCUCGAGCACCGUACCGUCCGUUCCGACUCUAA